GAGCGUUGGAACAGAUGUUCCAAUGUCAUAACUCAUAAGAUAUGUCAAUCCAAAAUAUUUCAAUAUUGAGACAAAUAAAUAAAAUUUUGUAUAAUAAUGUUGCAUUUACGGUUCGUGGAUUUUCAAGAAAAAGCAGUAACAGUGAAGGUCCUUUUGUAGCAAUCCGUUCGAGACGGGCCACCAAAAAUGAGACGAAAUUGGCUCGAUUGGACCCAAAUUUCGAGUUGUUAGCGGCCACUAAUGGCUUUCCGUUUAUUCUGCGAGGAAAUAUUGGGAUGGGUUGGUAUGAUACCAACACAACUGUCAAGUCACCCUAUAAACUUAUCAUGGAAGAGAUAGACGAGAGUACUUGUUCUGGCACUGGGGACAUCAUUUGUAGAGUGCAGACUUGUCCAACCGUUUUGCGUAAAAGCGUCUGUGAUUUGUUUCCAUACCGCGAUUUUGAAAGUACCGAAUUGUCAGUGGUUACGAUUUCAUUGAAACCGAACUUGAAACUACUGAGGAAGAAUAAGGAACUCGAAACUGAGCGCAUGGCCCAAACUUUUUUAAUUACUGCCAAAAGUGUUUGUGAUAAAUUACGCAACGGUGGAUACUGGGCUGAUUUCAUAAACCCAUUCUCUGGACGACCUUACCUGUUUCCGACCAGUGCAAAUAAAUUGUAUGAGGCCGACGAGAAAUUCAGGUGUUUAGAUUUCGAAAUAUUUGACAUACAGCAAUGUAAAAUUGUUUCUAAUGAGCAAAAUUCGAUCAAUAGGCGGUUUGUAGGAAGUUUGUUUACAAAUGCCCCAUCAAAGAAAAAGCAUUUGAACGAUAUUUUUACCCAAUUGUAAAAAUAUAACGUUUUCUGUAAAUAAUAAAAAAAUAAUAAAGGUUAUUUGAGUGA